AUCAGCUGUUUCCAAUCACAGCUGAUCACGUAGGAGAGCCGGUAAUCGGCUGAUGAUCAGUGUAGCCCCAGCAGUGCCUUGUGCCAGUGCUCAUCAGUGCCUACCAGUGCACAUCAAUGCCACAUAUCAGUGCCCAUCUGAGCUGCCUUUCAGUGUCACCCAUCAAUGCCACCUAUCAGUGCUGCCAGUCAGUGCCGCCUAUCAGUGCCAUGUAUCAGUGCUAUCUUUCAGUGCCCAUCAGUGAUGCCUGUCAAUGCCCAUCAGUGCCUCCCCAUCAG